UAUGUAAUUCCUUACUGAGCAUUACCUAAUGCAGCACAACUUGCCAGACGGGGCUCUUCGGACUGGUGAAUAUUUCUCCAACAAGCGCUUGCAAUACCCUCAUGCCUGCCUCAUAUGUGGGUCCUUGACUUUGAAAGGUCUGGGAAGCCCUGAGGCUAAAACAUCCUAGGCGCGGGCACGAGGUCAGCAGCGCGCGCUCCCGGCACCGAGUGUGCAGAUUUCCCAGCCUUUCAGUCAGUCCGGUCGCGGCUCCCGGAAAGACUCCCACACUGCCUCAGCGAUGCCGCACCCGGUCAACGGUUUUCUCCGCAAAACGUCUACCUCAGAUGAUCAGCCGUAGCCCGAGUGUGAGUCCGAGCCGCGCAUUUCUGCAGUGCGAUGCUGACAACAUGUUUCCUCGUCGAGGAGCCCUGCGCUGUGCAGCAUAGAGGAGGCAGCAGAGUGGAGCAGCGGGUACAGUUACAGCGGACAGUUGCAGAAAAGCAGCAUCAUGGAGGCUGGAUGCGUGGUUGCCGCGGUGAUUGAGAAUGCUGCCUCAGGACCCGAGGGAGAACCAGGAAGUAGUGACGUCCUUGAGAGUGACGUGUUACCGUCUACCGAGCUGGACAAAGACGAUGCCUUACCUCAAGCCACUAACAGUAAUCCUCUAGAGGAGAAACAACCACAGGAGACAUCCACUGUCAUGGCAAGGAGCGAUGACAUCACAGAGCACCCGGCUGAGCCCAUCCUGCGUUCCUGCGUCAGCACAGCCAGCAUGAAGGUCAAGAACAUGAAGAAGCUGACUUUUCCCAGAGGUCACUUUCCCAGAUUGGCAGAGUGUGCCCAUUUCCAUUAUGAGACAGUUGAUUUUGGCAAUGUUCAGCUGGCCUUUGCAGAGGGGCAGAGCGAAGGACCAAAGGCUGGGCUGGACUCCAAGGAGCUGGUCUUUCUGGUCCAGAUCACUUGCCAGGGUCGAAACUGGCUGGUGAAGAGGUCUUAUGAAGACUUCCGGGUGCUGGACAAGCAUCUGCACUUGUGUAUAUACGACCGUCGUUACUCCCAGCUCACUGAGCUGCCGCGAUACGACACGCUGAAGGACACUGAUGAGUCAGUAGCCACAAUGUUGGCGACCUACCUGUCCCGCUUCUCUAACAUCGCUGACAAUAAGAUCAACUGUGGUCCGGUAUUAACAUGGAUGGAGAUCGACAACAAGGGGAACCAUCUGCUGGUGUCUGAAGAAGCUUCAAUCAAUGUCCCCGCCAUCGCCGCUGCCCACGUCACCAAGCGGUACACAGCCCAGGCCACAGACGAGCUAACCUUUGAGGUGGGGGACAUUGUUUCAGUCAUCGACAUGCCGCCUAAAGAAGACACAGGCUGGUGGCGAGGGAAACAUGGAUUUCAGGUUGGUUUCUUCCCCUGUGACUGUGUUGAGCUGAUAAAUGACAAGAUUCCCCCCAGUGUUCAAAGCUCAGUGCCAAAGCCAGUGUGUAAGAAGCAUGGAAAGCUGGUAACGUUCCUGAGGUCUUUUAUGAAGUCUCGACCGCCGCCGCAGAAGCUCAGGCAGCGCGGCAUCCUCCGAGAGCGUGUGUUUGGCUGUGACCUGGGGGAACAUCUCCACAACUCAGGACAUGAGGUGCCCCAGGUUGUUAAGAGUUGUGCAGACUUCAUAGAGAAACAUGGAGUGGUGGAUGGGAUCUACAGGCUCUCAGGGAUCUCUUCCAACAUUCAGAAACUGAGGCAUGAGUUUGACUCUGAACAGGUCCCAGACCUGAGCAGAGACGUCUACACACAGGAUAUCCACUCAGUGGGCUCUCUCUGCAAACUGUACUUCAGGGAGCUGCCCAACCCUCUUCUCACCUACCAGCUCUACGACAGAUUCUCAGAGGCUGUGUCUGCAGCCACAGAUGAGGAGAGGCUGGUCAAAAUCCACAAUGUCAUCCAGCAGCUGCCUCCUCCACAUUACAGGACACUGGAGUUCCUCAUGAGGCACCUCUCCCAACUCGCCACCUUCAGCUCCAUCACUAACAUGCACACAAAAAACUUAGCUAUCGUCUGGGCACCUAACCUCCUCAGGUCCAGACAGAUCGAGUCGGCCUGCUUUAGCGGCACGGCCGCGUUCAUGGAGGUGCGUAUCCAGUCGGUGGUGGUGGAAUUCAUCCUCAAUAAUACUGAGGCUCUCUUCAGCCCCAAACUUAAUUCGAUCAUAAGGGAAAGUACUGGUAACAACACCUUAUCCAGACCAAAGUCCUUGAUGGUCUGCUCCCCAUCCACUAAGUUACUGUCUAUAGAGGAAGCUCAGGCUCGUACACAGGUACAUCUGAGCUCCCCGGCCACCACCCCCUGCCUCACCCACAGUGACUACAUCGAGGUCGGAGAGGGACCAGGAGCUCUCCUCGGCAAGUUCCACACAGUCAUCGAGCUUCCGAUAGAGAGCAGCAAGCGGCCUCCUGCUAAGGCUAAGAAGUCUCCAGUGGGGAACUGGCUCUCUUUUUUCCACCUGGGAAAAUCCCAUUCUGUGUCCAAACGUAAACUGAAGCGACACCCCAGUGAGCCUAACGAGAUAAAGAGCAUUGCACUGCCAGGGGGAAGAGGAGAUAGUGGCACUUUGCGCUCUACCAAAAGUGAAGAAUCUCUCACCUCUUUGCAAAAUUUACAAGGGGAGCCUCCAAGUUACCGUCCUCUCAGACCUCGUUCAACUAGCGAGGCCAUGUCUGCCGUCAGUAAAGACGACCUCCACAACGGCGGCAGUAAACGCGACCGCAAAACAAAACCGCCACACGAGAGUCAUGCUGGUGCUGACCGUGUCAGUACUGCAGCGGGCAUUUCACCUCCGCACCAGGAGGAUGACCUCGACCUUUCUCCACCGGCUGCAGGCAUCUCUAUUUUAGACUUUGACCCCAUGUCUUUUCAGUGCAGCCCACCUUCAGCAACCCCUGGACCACAACACGGUAAAGAUGCAAACAAGUGGAGGAAGAAUGUUGGUUGUUCUAGUGAAUCAGAGCUCAUCUCUUCUCCUAACAACAACAACCUGGCCUGCCUACAGUCUCCAGACAUUAGUCCAGUGCUCAGUAAAGGUGUGAGGAAGGUUAGCUACAAGCAGCUCUCCCCUAAACUCAGGAAGAAAUCAUUUAAGACGCAAGCAGAUGUUCAGUCUGCAUCCAUGUCUCUGCCACCUCAGAGGGUUUCUUCUACCCCAGCGGAUAACAGUGACGCUCCACUGGCAGAUGGAAAAGGGCCCAAAGCGUCCUAUCAACACUGCAGCCCACUCAGCACAGCGAGCCAGGCAUCAGCUGUGACAGACCUCACUCAGUCUGCACAGAACAUGUCCGAUCCAGGAACAGAUAGACUUAUGAGUUCAGUCUCUGUUCUCCCUCCUCACCCUCCCUUGACGAGUGCCGCACGCAAGUUGGCUCUGGCUCUGGCUGAAACUGCCCAAAAGGCCAGCAGUGGCUCCCAAAGAAGAAGCAAUGUCCCUGUGCAUCCGCUUCACAGACCGGAAGCAUCUCACGUCCAGGACAGACCACCACGGCCCUCAGUCCUUGAUCUCAAAGCGUAUCCCCAGGAGUACAGCGGCUCUAAUGUCUCCCCUGCUUCCCAGUGGCAAACAUCGGUGCACAGCCCUGCGGAGACCCACUGCUACUCUCAUCCUCUUCAUUUCCUGCCUCCGCACCUCUGCUCAGAGUCGCUACAGGUCACCGACGGACAGGAAAGCAUGUGCAAUUUCACUCCUAAUGUCAGUCCGCUCGGGUCAGGGAGCUUGGAUGAAGGCAGCGCUGAGAGGAGGGACUGCAGAGAGAAAAAAGAGCUUAGCGAUGUCACGCAAACAGAGCACACCUAUCAGAGUGUUGGAGUUUCAACACCCACUCAGCCCGUCUACUCGCCUCAGAGCCCAUCGGCUUCUCCUGGAUACGUCAACCCGGACUCGAUAAACGUUUUUAAUUUCCGCUCCGUUCUGGCAGAGACCUCCAUGCCCGCAUCCAUCGAGGAGGUGUUUCCGCGUCCAUUACAGCCCUCCUUAACGCAUCAUUACAGCCCAGAAGAGGAGACGCCGCUCGGCAUGCUUGAGGAUGUCUACAGUAAUCAACAUUAUCAUCAUCAUCAUCAUCAUCAUCACCGACCAGUUCAGGCAGCACGAAUGCCUGCACCUCACUGCCCUCGGCCUGAUGCUCUGCCGCUUCACCUUUCUGGGCCAAAAGGCUUGUACAGGCAGUCCUCCGAAGGCCGCUACAGCAGUUUAGGUUUAAGGCACCCUUUGUCACCUCAGUACAGACGAUACCAUAGAGAUGAGCACCUUAUCAGUGGCUGCCACAGGCAACAAGGCCAGUGGCAGAGGUCAGACGAUAGAGUAGUCGGGCACCCGGCCAUCCGGAGGGCUCGCUCCUUCCAUGCCCCUCAGAUUAGUCAUUACGAGUUGGCAGAGACAGAAGUCCUGCCCCCUGACACCAUGUUUUAUGUCGAGCAGACAGCAGGCCAGGAAGCACCUUAUCAGAGGCUGAAUCAGACUGGUCUUCACCCUGUGCGGCCGCAGUUUGAGAACACACACGCUGACUACCACUACAGUCCCUAUUCAAAUGUGAACCCUGCAGAUGGCUCUCGCUAUUACGCAGAGCCCUGCCGGCAAAGCGGCAUCCGACACAGUAAGUCUUACACCGUGCGUUCAACAAGAGAAAGCGGACAAUCAGAUUACUACAACUACUCUCCUCAGCGCGUCCCCCCUGUGAACAGAGAGCUUUUCAUAGAAAGCAGGGACACUGUUGUUUAUGAGGCGAGAGACGCAGAAGUUUUUGAAAGACUCUUAUAUCAACCAGUCAUGCAGGAGAGUAAAUCCAGACAUAAAAACACAUAUCCAGCUGCGUCUCCUUGUGAGAGUCCCAUCUCGCUUGCUGACACAAGAAGUAGAGACAUCGCACACACGAGAAGCAAGUCUGACCCUGGAAAUGCCUGCCUCCUUUCCGCUGACAAGAUGGAAAGACAAAAUGUUAUGCUUACAUCCCCGACUUCCCAGAGGUCCCAACCGGUAGACCCCGAGGUCACCAGGCGGCAGCGCGUUCACCGCUCAAGCGCGGACUCGGGGCCUUCCAGGCGGAUUCACAUCAAAGAGCGUUCCUCUCAGCAGCCACCGCUUCGCAAAGUCCCCUCGCUCCCAGAAAGAGGCUGUCCUAACUUUAAGACCGUCGAGCACAACGACAGAAGCCAUACGCGAGGUCACGACCAGGAUCGAUUAAUGAUGACCAACGCUGUCAACAGCUACUCUGGUAUGGUGAAACCCAGCAUCCUCAGGAGACCCGGGAGGUCGCAGAGCACCAGAGAAAACCGUCACUACUACCAUUACCACGCCAAAUCCCAAAUGGAUCCCGAACAUCUGGGAUCCUUUUCCAACAGAAGGACUCAGAGCACUAAAGUCAGGCCCACACAAUAUGACCACAUGGAGGGGUAUUACGCAGCACCCAAGCCUAAACCCACAAGAUCCGUUAAAGCCGUGGCAGGAUAUCUGCCUGGCCAGGGCUGCAUGUCGCCCCGCGGGCACAGACUGUUGUCCCAGGCUCUGGGUCAUGAGGCUUUUUAUCACGCUGCUCUGAGAUCAGAAGCCGGGGUCUACGAGUGAUUCUGACCACUGUUUUGUUUUUUUUGUUUUUUUUAUCUGAUUCCACAUUGGGGCCAAAGGAGAACAGCACUUUAUCCUCAGCCAGACCAACAGACUGUUGCUUUGAAAGUGUGUUUAUUUUAACCUUCAGGAGCUGCUACAAAAAGUGUGAAGUGAGGCUGCUGCUGCUGGGGAUCAUACUGCCAGCGUUAGUGGUAGUUUCAUAUUUUUCCAGUGGCUUCCAGGGAAGCUAGAAGGCAACAAAUGAAUCGUAUGCAGGCGUUGUAUUAAAUGAAAAGAGUGUAAACACUAAGACGCAUGACGAGAAGAAAAUGUGUUUAAAAAAGAAGAGAUUUUAUUUAAUGUCUAAGCAACACAACAAGGGAUGACAAGGUAAAUUAACUGGUUUUAUGAAUAUGAUUUUAAAGUUUAGAAUGUGUAUAAAAUAACAGUCAUUUUAAACGUAUAUUUCUAUAAAUAACACAUCUAACAUGUGGCCAAUGUACUGUACAUUUGUUUUUUAUUCUGGUCUGCUCAGACUUCAACAAGCACUUUUAAGGAUAACUGUGUACCAAACACAUUGUCUUAACGUGGUAUACAUGAAGCCUCUUGAUAUACAGCGUAUCUAUUUUUUUCUGUAAGAAGCGGCUUGCUCAGAAUCUUUGUUUAAAAUCCAAAUUAGCACUUUUUGGGAGGGUCGGUAAAGCGGAAGAUAACCUCAUGCUUUCUAACUUUGCGCUUCUUUUUCUUUAUCACACAUUGUGUAUUGCAAAAUAACAAUGAGUGCUAUGAUUUUUGAUUUCGUAUUUUCCUUUUCUUUCGUUAAGGUCGAACGCACCGCGGCAAAAUAUGCUCGAGAUGUACAUGCGAGUCAGCUCAUGCGGUUCGGUGAAAGUGUAUUUUGUGCGGCAUCGUGCUUUGGUCGCGUAAUGAAAGUUUCUUCGCUCUUCAUGGGGAACUUUUAACAGUGUGGUGUUUUACAUGUUUUAUUCAUUUAAAGAUGCUCUUUUAAAUUCUUAAUGUAGACGAGGAUAUUCUGUUAAGACAUGUUAAUUGAGUUAUUUUAGUGAGAGUAAAGAAAAAAAAAUAAAGAUAUAUUAUCAAUGAU